CUCUCUCAGUCUCUCUCUCUCACACACACACUCUGCUGCCUUUUUAUCACUCAUAAGAAAUAUAUUACUCAGUUCUUUACCGAUAUGAAGUCUUUACACAAAGCGCUUUUGAACAAAAGCGUGUGUGAGCGCGUGAGGCGGAGAGAAGCGCUGUAAAGUCUCUUCAUCAUCUCAUCAUCACUGGACCGGUGUGCGCGCGCGCGGACAUGUGUUACAUUUGCCGGCAAUAAACAACUAACAAAAUGAAGAAACUUCGGAGAACUUUAUCAGAAAGCUUCCGCCGCGUCGCUUUAAAGAAAGAGGAUGGCAUUUUUGAUGAGAUAUGUGUCUCCAACAUGUCCACUCACGGGUGCCAGAGUUCGGACUCACUCUUCAGGCCCCUGGAUUCAAUCCCUGAAGAGCGGCGUGCGCGAGUCCAACGCACUCAGAGCGGCUUCGAGCCCUUUGAUAAGCAGACUAGCCAGGUGAAGAGAGUGCACUCAGAGAACAACGCCUGCAUCAACGCCUCGGGGAGCAACACACAUGCAGAGUCACCUAAACUUCGCCGUCACUCCAGCCCUAGUUCCCCGACCAGCCCAAAGUUUGGGAAGGUAGAUUCCUAUGAGAAACUGGAGAAACUUGGGGAGGGUUCAUACGCCACUGUUUACAAGGGGAAGAGCAAGGUGAAUGGGAAGCUGGUGGCUCUUAAGGUGAUUCGGCUACAGGAGGAAGAGGGAACACCGUUCACUGCUAUUAGAGAGGCAUCUCUCCUGAAAGGUCUGAAACAUGCAAAUAUUGUCCUGCUACAUGACAUCAUACACACCAAGGAAACACUCACACUCGUCUUCGAAUAUGUGCACACAGAUUUAUGUCGGUAUAUGGAUAAACACUCCGGGGGGCUCCACCCUGAAAAUGUCAGACUUUUUCUGUUCCAGUUGUUGCGAGGUCUGUCCUACAUCCAUCAGCGCUUCAUCUUACACCGAGACCUCAAACCUCAAAACCUGCUGAUCAGUGAGAGUGGUGAACUGAAACUGGCUGAUUUUGGUCUGGCUCGUGCUAAAUCUGUUCCCAGUCAUACAUACUCUAAUGAGGUGGUUACUUUGUGGUACCGACCCCCAGAUGUUCUCCUUGGUUCUACUGAAUAUUCCACCUGCUUGGACAUGUGGGGCGUCGGCUGUAUCUUUAUCGAGAUGAUUCAAGGCGUGGCUGCCUUUCCUGGUAUGAAGGAUGUGCAGGAUCAGCUGGAGAGGAUUUUUCUGGUACUUGGUACUCCAUCUGAAGAAACAUGGCCAGGUGUUCACUCACUUCCUCACUUCAAACCAGAUCGGUUUCCCGUGUAUAGCGCUAAAAAACUUAGACAGGCCUGGAACAAGUUAGGUCAUGUGGAUCAUGCUGAAGAUUUAGCCUUCAGAUUUCUGCAGUGUUUCCCAAAGAAGCGUCUUUCUGCUCACACAGCACUGCAGCAUGAGUUCUUCAACCAGAUUAACUCUAAACUGCGGGAAAUUUCAGACAUGUCCUCCAUCUUCUCUGUGUCGAGUUUGAAACUGCAGCCAGAGAUGAACAUCACCAACAUCAAAACACACAGCAAAGGAGCUUCAUGUGAUAAACACUGACAGUGUGUGUGUUUUACAGGUUGCUUUCUCGCUGUGUUCAACCAGGGUGGAGGACAUGAAGGAGGCAGUCUGCUCUGUUCUUUUAAAUUAUUCCUUACUUCAUUUUGUGUGUGGUUUGUAUGUGUGUAAAUACAGUAGGGGGAAUCUCACACUUACCAAUAUUAUUCUUUUUAUUUUUUUCAUUAAAAUGUUUACACAUUGUUAACAGAGAGAACACACACAGUUGUGUGAAUAGAUAUGUGUAUUAUGAGAAUGUAUGUACAGAAAUUUUUCUGAAUCUUAUUUACUAUUCUUUCUCUGCCACUGACCCCACCUUCACCACUGACCCCGCCUCAUUCUGUGAUUAGCCAGUUCACAUGCACACUUCUUAUACACACACGUACAAUAAUAAUAACAUUGAUGCUGAUGAAGCAAUGAGACACACACAUCUGCGUGUGUGUGUGUGUGUGUAAGUAAUACAGGCAAUACACAAAUGUGGUGCUACACCAUGUGGUUAGAUUAUGUUCUUUCUGACUGCAACACACUUUGAGACCAGUAUUGACUAAAUCACAGCAAGACUAUGAUUUGUUGUGUUUGUGUGUGUUUAAUCGAGAGCUUCCUGUGUUUCAGAGCUGUGUGUGGAGCUAUGUGAAGUGCACAACACACACACUUAUUAGAGGUUAUAAGAUAUACAGUAAUAAAACAAUACAGUAAGAACAGCAAUGAAACAUCCAGCACUCUCUGUGUGUGUGUGUGUGUGUGUGUGUGUGUGUGUGUGUGUGUGUGUGCACGAAUGCAAUUAAUUACUUUGUGUAUUAUUGUCAUUUUACCAUAAAGAUUAAUGCAUACAGUAAACACACAUACUCAAUACAACAAACCUCCACACACAGUAAAAAAACAUUACAGACAGAGUACACACACACACACAGAGUAAACUACUGUCUCAUACACCCCUCAGUAUGCUUAAUUUAGGAGUAAACAGGAAGCAGAUAGCUGGUCAGUCACAGUAACAUCUCACUCUUUACAAACUCAGCACAGCUUCCAAACUCUUGCUCUGUAGAACACGACUUCCUGAAGAAAUGUGAGCUAACAGCAAAAAAAUACUACUGUAGUGCAGGUUUCAGUGAGGGUUCUAAUGCUCACGUCUUCGCUUCCCUGUGAUUGUGUUCUUAUCUCUUUAUUAGCUUAAUAGAGUAAGCUAAAUGGGCAUUGUGGACUUUAAGGGCGUACUCAUUUACCCAGAAUGCUUUGCUGUACAGAUUUGUUUAAAAUGUUCUUCUGUCAACAGGAGCAAUAAAAUUGUUAUUAUUUCAGUUCCAAAAUGAAUAUAUGAUUAGAAAAACACACAAAGACAGAGGAAAAAAAAAACCAAAGUAAACUGCAGUCUUCUUAUAUGGCAUGUCAGGGAAAAUCCAACAUUCAUCCCAUAACAUGAUCCCAAAAGGCAUCGUCACAUCCGUUACACUCACAAUCAGCAAGAAAACAGAGAACUGAAAUAAUAUAAAAACACAUCAACAUGAAGUUAAGUUAGAACUUUCAUUUUCUCUCACACAGAGUACUGAGUAUGUGUGAGAUGUCUUGAAUAUCUCAUGGAGAUAAAUAUUAUGUACUCAUAAUGAAUUUGCCCAUAUCUUUUCUCUUAAGGGUUUGCCCCAUGCUACACCUCCUUAUAAGCUGUAUAAACUGUGUGAUGUCAUUACUGUUAUGUCCAUCUGUAAAUGUUCACUGUUGUUUUAACUGAAAUAAAGUAUUUCAAUGCAGUAA